AUGCGAUGGAGCUUCGCACGCGCAAGAGGCAAGCUCCGCCGCUCUUCUAGGACAAGGUUACUACGAGGAAGAUCAGCGUCUGCUUAUCCACAACUUCCCGCAGCCACUGCGGCUACGCCACCAGCCGCCAUUUUCGAUUUGCCGCUGAGCGCCCGUGGCGCCAUCUGGCCGCGUCACCGUCAGGCAGUUUGUCUGGUUUGUCGGCGCUCUCUCGGACGGCGUGGUGAAGCCAGCAUGACAGGAGCGAGGCGCAGGUCUAAGCAGGGAAAGCGAAACGUCGCCAAGGAAAAUGAAGACGCAGACAAUCUGCCGUUCGGUGGCAAAGUCCGACUCGCAAGGCGUCGAAAGCCAGAUGGGUGGCUGGUUAUUGCCCUUGAGGUGCUGGGGGCGGCGGUGGUGUUCGUGCUCGUUUACUUGGGCUAUUACCACCAGGAGGCGGUGCACUUUCACUUGAACCACGCGUACGCCCAUGUUGGACACGCGCACGCCCAGCACGUGGUCGCGCACAAGUACCUACAUGGAAACGGUGUGCCUAAGAACAGCAGCAUGGCAUUCUACUGGUUCAGAAAGGCGGCUGACCAAGGGCACGCACAUUCGGCGUACAACUUGGCUGUAGGUCACAUGCAGGGAUUUGCUACCGAUGUGAAAAAAGGGGAGGCCAAAAAGCUGAUCAAGUACGCGGCAGACAACGGAGUGCACGAAGCCCACCGCGUGUACCACGAGGCCUGCCACGCAGGAAAGUGUGACCACUGACCGUGGAAAGAGGGCCGCCAUGGUCCCGAACUACCAUAUAACUACUUUGUUUGGUUCUCUUACACUUUAAUUUUUUUUUUGAGCCAACGGUCACACAUUCGCUCAAAUGAGCCCCUCUUCUUGUCCUAAGCGGCGCAUCGCCUCUAGCGCGAAGAGCGUCGACACAAGGUUGUAUUCGUCGUAUACUCCGGGAACAUCGGCAACUAUUGGGACGAACGUAUGGGAGGAGACUAUAUUUGCAUGAUCUGCCUCCUAUCUGAACAGCUUCAAGAAAGCAGCACUUAAGAAGGGGCAUAUUUCCCAAAGAAAAUCAUUUUAUGUAUAGGAAAACUUAUCUUUGUAGGAUGACAAUAAAGAAACGUUCCGGAAAAAUUAAGAUGCCGUUUGGUCAAUUGCAAGUC